AUGAACGCCCAACGACUGAGACGCGAGAAUCGUCGGAGAAGCAGUGACCUUCGGCAAUCCGAUGAGCAAAGCGCUCCAACACCCACGAAUGCAGGCGCUUCAACAGCCAAGCGAAGCGACACCCCGACCCUCCGACAAGAAGACCUUCCGGCAUCGCACAACCUCACGCGAGAACACAUCCAAAAGUGGAGGAACGCCACGUACGAGAUCAAGGCCACCUUCCCCUACGUCGACCUAUGGCCAUGCAUGUACUGCCUCAGUAACAUAGACUUCCGCUACCGAGAACGAUGUUCGCGCUUCCACUGCGACAACCCUGAGUGCGUCGGCCGCGGAAAGCUGCAGGUCACUUGCUUCUGGGACAUAAAGGCAGGGAUAAAGAGAAACGAGGAUUAA